ACAAAAAGCAAUUACAAGAUAUGAAGAUUUGUCGGUUCUGUUUGACUAGUGACGAGAAAGAAUUAACAUCUAUAUACCAAAAGGAUCCGAAAAUGAUUCCAUUAACUGUACAGAUUAUGUCUUGCAUUUCUAUUGAGGUAUGGAAUCUGUAAAAUUGCUGAAGUAGUAUUGGAAUCUUGUCUCAAGAAACAAAUAAUCAAAAUUUACUGCAAAAAAAAGUUUGCUGUUCGAUUAGCUUUAGUACGAGUUAUUAUUUAGCUUUCUGUAACAAAUUAUGGUAUUUCCUACUGAUGGUCUUCCUCAAUUAAUUUGUAACACAUGUAAACAACAAACUAACCAGUCUUAUGUGUUUAAAAGCAAUUGUAAAAAAGCAGAUGAUGCUCUCAAGAAUUUCUUUCGAACGGGUGGAUUGGUCAAACCCGACUUUCCUAAAGUCCCCAAGGUAACAAAAAGGGGCGGCGAAAAAAUUCUACCCGUAAAAGAUGUGAAAAUUGUUGAAAAUGACGCCGAACCUAACACUGAACAUUCGAAAAGAGUUAAGUUGCAAGAUGGCACGGAAAUUAUUACUUUAUGCAUAACACCUUCGGAAAGUAGUAUACAGGAUGAAUCGAGUCGAGGUUCUAAUUUGAACAAUGAAGAAGAUAAUACAAGAGAGAGCGAGGGUGAUGUGUACGGUGAGAGUGAUAACGUAGAAGCAGCUGAAACGCAUAUCGAUGAAAAACGUAUUUAUUCUUGUGAUCUUUGCGAUAAAAGUUUUCUUCUAAAACAACUCCUAGAAUUGCAUUUAAAGAAUCACGAAAGAAUAAGAAAGUUUUCUUGUUCAUCAUGCGAUAGUAAAUUUUACACGAAAUAUGAUUUGGCACAACAUUGCAGGAACCAUUGUCAAGAUAAAUCAUUUUCUUGUUCAGUAUGUUUAAAACUUUUUAGCACUGAACCGCUCCUCACGAAACACGAACUCACGCACUGUGAUAAAUUUACUUGUCCACAUUGCGACAAAAAUUAUGGUAAUCAAGAGUCGCUAGACAAUCAUAUGAAAAAACACGAUAAAAAGAAAGCUUUCGUUUGUACAAAAUGUGAGAAAAGUUUUGUUUUUAAACAGGGUCUGUUACGUCACCUAGUAAUUCACAACCAGGACAUGCCAUUUAAGUGUACCUAUUGUGAUGAUUCGUUUAAUUCCCAAUUCAGAUUAACGAGACAUAUAACUACCCAUGCUGGACUGAGGCCAUAUCCUUGUAAAGUUUGUGGAAGAACGUUUCUGUUAAGUCACCACUUAACAAGACACAUGCGUAGUCAUUAUGCGGCUGGCCAAGGCAGGAAAGUCGAAGAAACAAUUUUACAACACAAAUGCGACAUCUGCAGUAUGUCUUUCAGAAGAAAAGACAGCCUUAUUAACCAUAGUGCUAUUCACAGUAUGGUAAAUUUGAGGUGUGUCAUAUGUAAUACCUCUUUUAAAUCAGCCAAUGCAGUGAAGGAACAUAUAACCACACACCUCCAAGGAUUACCAUAUCCAUGCGAAAACUGUGACUACAGUUUUGAAUCUGAAGAACAGUUGGAGACGCAUCAGUUGACACACGCCGUUAUGGAAUACGAAGAACAGAUAGAACAAGAGGUUAUUUCAGAAGUUAAUAGGAGUAGUAUGACCUUUUCCGAUUAUGAAGAAUAUAAUACGUUCGACGAGGACGAAAAUGAGGGAGAAGUAGCUGAAUAUCAUAUAACAAGCAUAGAUAAUCCGGAACUAGUCCCGUCUAGGCCGUCAGUUGAAGAAAACCGAACCGAAGAUGAGUUAAGUCGGGAUAUUGAUGAUAAUGAUGGUGAUGGUAAUAGGGAUAAACAUGACAUUAAGCCGGUAGUGAGGCUGGAAGGUGCUAAGGUAUAUGAAAGGAAACGUCCACUGCAACGCAAGAUUCCAACAAUUGAAAUACAAGAUGAAACUCUGAAUACAGCAAUAUCGCUGGAUGAAAUUGAUGAAAAACCAUCCAAUAUCAAACUAUUUUCAGAUUUUGAAACUGAACCUGUUCCACAUAGUUUGAGUAAAUUGCCGUCAAAAAAACCUGCGAACGUGAAAGUUGGUGACAAAGUGGUUAAAGUACAGAAAUAUCUGAUGACUAAGGAUGAGAUGAAACAGAUGGCAAAAAUGGGAAUUUUGGAAGUUAAGAAUGGACAAGUCAUAAUGAAAAACCCGGGACAGCCUUUUUUAAAUGCUACAAUUAAACCAGCAGCUCCGAGUGACAUUGAGACGCUCCUGAGCAAUGCAAAGCGGAAGUCUACAACUACACAGUACCAACGAAGGAACGAGUCUUCUACAUAAGUUGAUUACUUAAUUGUACUUGUAAUAAUUUAAUAUUUAGAGCGUCAUAUAUUAUUGCUAAAAUUAUGGAUUGUAAUAUUUAUUUAUUGGCAGCAAUAAUGCAUAGAUUUGGUCUGUAUAUAUUUAUUGUAUUAGAGAUAAACUCGUUAAAAUAUAGAUUUAAUCCUAGAUCAUAUGUUCUUACGGGAUUAAUAAAGCUAGUGUUUUUGCUUUUUUACU